CUGCGAAGGCUGUGAAAAGGAAACAAUGUCCACCACCCUUUCAGCUACCACCAAGUCAACACCAUCAACCCAAACAAGUGCAAUUGUGCCCACAGAAGCAGUUACUAACACAAUUCAGCCAUCGCUUCCUCCGUCUACCAAGGAAUUUACCACUACAGUCAAGCCUCCUGUCCCUUCAUCAACAAAGCAGUUUCCUGGUACAACACAGCCAACUCUCACUUCAUCAACCACUGAGUCUCCAGUGCCAACAGAGCCACCUGUUCCCUCAUCAACAAAGGAGGAAUCCAAAACAACUGGACCACCUGUAACUUCAUCUUCCACUGAAGUCCCUAGCCCAACAAAACCAGUUGUCACUUCAUCUACUCAGGAAGUGCCCACUCCAUCACAACCAUUUACCUCAACCAUUGGUACUCCAGGAACUACUACAGCCAGUCCACCAGUCCCUUCAUCUACGAAAGAGCUUCCUGGUACAACACAGCCAACUCUCACUUCAUCAACCACUGAGUCUCCCAUACAAACACAGCCAUCUGUUUCUUCAUCUACCCAAGAGGUUCCUCCUUCAACUACACCAUUUGGCACCUCAUCUACCAAGGAAGUUCUUGCUACCACCCAGCCAUCUCUCACUUCCAAAUCUUCUACAGCCACACCGGCAGCAAAAUGCACCCCAGAAUGCAAAUAUACCUCUUGGAUUAGUUCCUUUUACCCGGAUUUUAAAUCCACUGGUGAUUUUGAAACAAUAGCCAACAUUAAACAGAAAGGAUAUGCUAUCUGCCAAAGCCCCAGAGAAAUUCAGUGCAGAGCUGUGGAACUUCCUGAUGUUGAGUUAUCUGAAAUUGGACAAAUCGUAACCUGUAAUUUGAAUGAAGGUCUUAUUUGUAAAAACAAUGACCAAACAGGUGAUGUAAAGCUCUGUUAUGAUUAUGAAGUCAGAUUCUUGUGCUGCGAAGGCUGUGAAAAGGAAACAAUGUCCACCACCCUUUCAGCUACCACCAAGUCAACACCAUCAACCCAAACAAGUGCAAUUGUGCCCACAGAAGCAGUUACUAAAACAAUUCAGCCACCGCUUCCUCCGUCUACCAAGGAAUUUACCACUACAAUCAAGCCUCCUGUCCCUUCAUCAACAAAGCAGUUUCCUGGUACAACACAGCCAACUCUCACUUCAUCAACCACUGAAUCUCCAGUGCCAACAGAGCCACCUGUUCCCUCAUCAACAAAGGAGGAAUCCAAAACAACUGGACCACCUGUAACUUCAUCUUCUACUGAAGUCCCUAGCCCAACAGUACCAGUUGUCACUUCAUCUACUCAGGAAUUGCCCACUCCAUCACAACCAUUUACCUCAUCCAUUGGUACUCCAGGAACUACUGCAGCCAGUCCACCAGUCCCUUCAUCUACGAAAGAGCUUCCUGGUACAACACAGCCAACUCUCACUUCAUCAACCACUGAGUCUCCUAUACAAACACAGCCAUCUGUUUCUUCAUCUACCCAAGAGGUUCCUCCUUCAACUGCACCAUUUGGCACCUCAUCUACCAAGGAAGUUCUUGCUACCACCCAGCCAUCUUUCACUUCCAAAUCUUCUACAGCCACACCGGCAGCAAAAUGCACCCCAGAAUGCAAAUAUACCUCUUGGAUUAGUUCCUUUUACCCGGAUUUUAAAUCCACUGGUGAUUUUGAAACAAUAGCCAACAUUAAACAGAAAGGAUAUGCUAUCUGCCAAAGCCCCAGAGAAAUUCAGUGCAGAGCUGUGGAACUUCCUGAUGUUGAGUUAUCUGAAAUUGGACAAAUCGUAACCUGUAAUUUGAAUGAAGGUCUUAUUUGUAAAAACAAUGACCAAACAGGUGAUGUAAAGCUCUGUUAUGAUUAUGAAGUCAGAUUCUUGUGCUGCGAAGGCUGUGAAAUGGAAACAAUGUCCACCACCCUUUCAGCUACCACCAAGUCAACACCAUCAACCCAAACAAGUGCAAUUGUGCCCACAGAAGCAGUUACUAAAACAAUUCAGCCAUCGCUACCUCCGUCUACCAAGGAAUUUACCACUACAUUCAAACCUCCUGUCCCUUCAUCAACAAAGCAGUUUCCUGGUACAACACAGCCAACUCUCACUUCAUCAACCACUGAGUCUCCAGUGCCAACAGAGCCACCUGUUCCCUCAUCAACAAAGGAGGAAUCCAAAACAACUGGACCACCUGUAACUUCAUCUUCCACUGAAGUCCCUAGCCCAACAGAACCAGUUGUCACUUCAUCUACUCAGGAAGUGCCCACCCCAUCACAACCAUUUACCUCAACCAUUGGUACUCCAGGAACUCCUUCAGCCAGUCCACCAGUCCCUUCAUCUACGAAAGAGCUUCCUGGUACAACACAGCCAACUCUCACUUCAUCAACCACUGAGUCUCCAGUGCCAACAGAGCCACCUGUUCCCUCAUCAACAAAGGAGGAAUCCAAAACAACUGGACCACCUGUAACUUCAUCUUCCACUGAAGUCCCUAGCCCAACAGAACCAGUUGUCACUUCAUCUACUCAGGAAGUGCCCACUCCAUCACAACCAUUUACCUCAACCAUUGGUACUCCAGGAACUACUGCAGCCAGUCCACCAGUCCCUUCAUCUACGAAAGAGCUUCCUGGUACAACACAACCAACUCUCACUUCAUCAACCACUGAGUCUCUAGUGCCAACAGAACCAUCUGUUUCUUCAUCUACAAAGGAAGUUUCCACUCCAUCUGGAACUACUGCAGCAAUUCCACCUGUCCCUUCAUCAACAAAAGAGUUUACUGGUACAAGUCAACCAACUUUUACUACAUCAUCCACUGUGUCUCCUGUGACAACACAGCCAUCUGUUUUUUCAUCUACACUAGAAGUAACAAGGCAUCCUGUCACUACAUCUACCAGUCAGGCUCCUGUUCCUACUGUGCCUACUGUAAUUUCAUCCACUACUACAACAUGCUUCUGUGAAGUAAAUGAAAAAAAAUUUGCACCAGGUGCAAUUGUAUACAACACCACAGAUGCAGAUGGCUGGUGUUAUACAGCAGUUUGCGAACAAAACUGUGAGAUAACAAAAUCUGUCACAGAAUGUCAUCUUACAACAAGUCCACCUCAAAAAAUAACAAGUGCAAGACCAUCAACUACUGAAGAAAAAGCACAAACUAGUCAAAAACCAACCACAGCAGCCCCAUUAACAACACCCUCUAUGAACUGUGACAGCCUUAAUCCUCCCAGAAAGUUUGAUGAAACAUGGCAAGUAGACAAAUGUACAACAGCAACAUGCAAAGGAGGCUCUGUUAUUUCCUUGAAUCCUGUCAACUGCAAACCAGCUGAGCCAGUUGUUUGUGAAAAUGGACGACCACCAGUUAAAGUCUAUGAUGACAGUGGCUGCUGCUUCCACUAUGAAUGUGAAUGCUUCUGCUCUGGAUGGGACAACUCUCAUUACACUACCUUUGAUGGAACUUACUAUAAUUUCAAGAGAAGCUGCAGUUAUGUACUGGUGAAAGAAAUCACCUCCAAGAAUGGGGAGUUUAAGGUUAUUCUUAACAACCAGAACUGUGAUGACAGUUCCAGCCAGGACUGUGCCGGAUCCCUAACAGUCCUCUACAAAGCACAGAAAGUAACCUUGGAUCAACAAGAUGGAAAAAAUAAGGUAUUUUUUAAUGAAGUGGAAGUUGGCAUACCCUUCACAAAUGAUGUCUUCACCAUAACUGGCACACAGAGUGAGGUAGAUGUAAAAAUUGCAGAGAUUGAUGCAACCAUAACCUACACAAGAAACACAUUCAGCAUUUUGCUUCCAUAUUCAGACUUCAACCAGAACACUGAAGGACUGUGUGGAACCUGUGACAAUAACAAAGAAAAUGAUGCCCGCUUGCCAGAUGGCACUACUGAUCCUUCUUUCACCAGAAUGCCUGAUCAGUGGCUUCUACCUACUGAGAGCAAACCAGAAUGUACAAAUCAACCUAAGCCAACCCCAACACCUACUUCACAGACCACUCAGCCAACUUGUAAAGCAGAAGUGUGUGAUAUCUUAAAUAGCAAAGUCUUUGAAGAUUGUCAGAAGGUUAUCCCAGUAGAGAUUUAUUACACUGCUUGUCAAAACGAUGUAUGCAGUAAUCCAGAGAAACACUUUGGCUGCUCAAGUCUGGAGGCUUAUGCUUCCAAAUGUCUGUCAUCUGGCAUCUGUGUUGACUGGAGAGGAGCUACUAAUGGAAAAUGUGAAUUCAACUGUCCAGAAACAAAAGAAUACAAGGCUUGUGGUCCAGCAAUGGAGCCUACUUGCAAUGCUAUGUACAAUGAAAAAUACAAGGCGGACUUAGAGAGCUCAGCACUAAAAGAAGGUUGCUACUGUCCUGAGAAAAAAACCCUUUUCAGCUCCAAUUCAGAUAUAUGCGUCUCAACUUGCGGCUGUACUGGACCAGAUGGCAUGCCUAAGGAGGCUGGAGACACCUGGGAAAGCAACUGCAAUGAAUGUAUCUGUAAUCAAAACUCACUCAGCAUUCAGUGCAAGAAAAAAACCUGUGAAGAUGAACCACCUGUCGUUUGCACAGAGGCAGGGCAGACCUUAGUGUCAGAAGAGGAUGGCUCCUGCUGUGCUAAAAAGAAAUGUGUUUGUGACAUAAGUCUCUGUAAGCCUGUUGAGCACUGUAAACCAGGCUAUGAAGAAACUGUGACCACUUCCCCAACAGAAUGCUGUCCUACGGUGGUGUGCCAUGCUAAAGAUGUUUGUGUCUACAAUAAUGUAGAAUUUCAGCCAGGGGCAUCUAUUGUCAAAGAUAAAUGUGAAGAGUGUAAGUGUACUGCUGAUGUGGACCCUGAAACUAAACUUCAUGUCAUUAACUGUGAGAAAAAACCCUGCAACACCAACUGUGAACCCGGAUUUGUGUACACUGAUGUGGAAGGUGAAUGCUGUGGACAUUGUGUUCAGGAAAGCUGUGUGGUGUCGAUCAAAGGAGAAGAACCUCAUACUGUCAAGCUGGGAGAGACCUGGUCAGUUCCUGGUGACUACUGUAACAAUUACCAGUGUUUACAAUAUUUUGAUGAGUUUAUAUUACUUCAAGAGAGAAUAGCCUGCUCAGAAAAGAGCACCUCCGAUUGUUCACCAGGAUCAGAAUUUGAGAAAGUUGAAGGCCAGUGCUGUGGACGGUGUGUUGAGAAGAGCUGUGUCAUUGUAACAGAAGAUAACACUCCUCACUUGCUGCAGCCUGGAGAAAUCUGGCCAUCUACUGAUGAUAAAUGCACCAGCUACACAUGCUCAAAGCAGUCUGACCAUCUUAUUACAGUUGAAACCAAAAUGCAAUGUGAGGAUAUUGAUGUUGAUGACUGCAUUCCGGGAACAUUAACUGUUGAUUCAUCUGGCUGUUGCAAACAUUGUACUAAGAAGCCCAAGACAUGUCAAAUGAAAACAGAAACAAUUGAAAUUACACACAAUGGAUGUAAAUCACCAUCACCAGUCACAGUUAAUUCAUGUGAAGGACCAUGUGGAUCCUCUUCCAUGUAUUCAGCAGAUUCUAAUUCUAUGACACACACUUGUUCCUGCUGUCAGGAGAAGAAAACCAGUGAAAAACAAAUUCAACUAGUGUGCCCUGGUGGCAAGAAACUGGAUUAUUCCUAUGUGUAUGUGGAGGAGUGUGGCUGCAAUGACAAGGUGUGCUUAGAAUGGGGUGAUAAAGUUGACAAAGGCAAAGAAAACAGUGGAAGUGAAGGAGACAGCAAGAGCAAGGAAAGUAAUGAGAACAGAGGAAGCCAUGAGAGAAAGGGGAGUAAUGAGAACAGAGGAAGCCAUGAGAGAAAGGGGAGUAAUGAGAACAGAGGAAGCCAUGAGAGAAAGGGGAGUAAUGAGAACAGAGGAAGCCAUGAGAGAAAGGGGAGUAAUGAGAACAGAGGAAGCAAACAGGUUAAAGGCAGCAAGGAAUCAGAGGAGCAUAGCUUUGAAAACAAGAAGCAAAAUGACAGCAAGAAUGAUUUAAAAUCCAAGGGUGUAAAGAUGGCUUCCAAGAAGAUGCGUAAAUAAAUAACACAAGCUGUAGCUUUCAUAUGAUUUUAUUUCAACACAGUUAAAAUGUUGUGAUGGUGUUUGAUCUUUUAUUGUAUGCAAGCUUUCAUGUGGUUGAUUUUUUAUGGUUAAUUGUCUGCAUUUCUCUAAAGGUAUAUCUUAGACUUUUUGCUUUCUAUUUUACUAAAAAUAAUCUAAUAUAAAAUAUUUCAGAAGCUCACAUUAUUUGGUAUCUAUAAAUACUUGUUCUUCAAAGCUAUGCUUACAACACUUUUAAACAAUAUUGAUAAGUAUUAACCUAACAAUAACAUAUCACUGUACCUAAAGUAAAUACAUGUUUGCUUCAUUUUGUCCAUAUUUAAAAAUCAAUAAAUCUUAUGUAUACUUUGCAAAUUA